AUGCACUCACAACAGCCGCCCGUCGUCCAUGUUCCUCCGUCGCCGAUCCAGCCGGCCGGCGAGGAGGGGCCACCAGUGAAGAAGAAACGAGGCCCAAAACCCAAGCCUAAGCCCUAUAUUGCUCCCAAACCGGUCCUGCGACAUGAGCGUAGAUACACCAUCGAGAAGAAGCGGGAGGUCUUGAUGUUCCUGGAGCAUCACCGCGUCAAAAAUCGUCCCGGCCAGCCUAUCCGCCUGCGCGGCGGCGAAGAGCGUCUUGAAGGCGAGUAUCGGCGGCCGACGCUGGACGAGGCGUCUGAGUGGUUCAAGAUUCCUUACGGCUCAAUCCACAACUGGUACAAGAACAAGGAUACCAUCUUCGACCCGUCUCUCAAGGGUCGGAGGACGCGUCGCAAGCGCGAUGCGUCGGGCCAGCUCGUUGACCGAAACCAACCAGAUGCACCACCACCGCCUCAGUCUCAAUCAGAGGGCGAUGAGAUGUCGCCUCGAGCCGAGUCAUCAACUCAGAGUCAGACUCAUCAGAAUCACGAGCCGGCAAACAUAAGCGACCCGUCGUCGAUCCAGCCUGACCCGUUUACUACCACCCAGCAACCUCCAACACAACAGCCGGGCCCCUCGACGGAGCCACCAAAGUCGCCAACCAUGAGCAUCCUAUCGCCUCGAACAGCGCUCCCAGACGCCCGCCCGUCGAAUGCAACUGUAGCCGAGCAGCAGGCCCAGAGACCCACCGCCGGCGCGGAGAACCCGUCCAGACGCGAGGAGGACCAACGCGAGGAGCUGCGGCCCAGCAGCACGUCUCCGGCGGCCGGGGUCGACUCCGCGAGCAAUGAAACCUCAACCGCACCCCGGACCGCAGAGGAGCAGCGCACAAACACCCCUGAGCCAACGACGACGAAAGCUCCAAGUGAGGAUGUGCAGGAUGCUGCAAAACCCCUCACUCGUACGACCCCACCGGCCGUUGGAGCUGCUGCCGGGGCCGUCUCACUGCAGGGUCUCCUCCCAGCUCAACCUCGAGAGCCUAGUAAAUGA